AUGAGUAGGAUUCAAAGUCGUUCGUGCCUGUGUGUAAGGAUCUCGUCGUUUCUCUACGGCAUUGCUGGUGCCUUCGCACUCCUCGACAGUCCAUGCGUUGCUCCGAAGCCAAGCGCGCGCCAACAGCUGGGAAAAUGCCUUUUCGAGCGUGUGGUCAACAGUGCCUGCUGCAGGCUGCCGUUCCAGGAGGCCAAGAAGAUCAAAGCCAGCGACACAGCACCUCUCUGGCUUAUUGAAGAGUGGUUCUUGUCUGACAGCGGCGAUCCGCUCUCUGCUCCCUUUAAAAUGCUUCUGGAGCGAUUUUCCAUUCGCGGCUUGGAAGAUGAUCCGGAGCUUUUCGAGGAUGAGGAAAGAAGGUUCAGGAUGUCCCACACGGGCCCAGUGGAGCUGCCGUUGGAGACGGCAGCCUCCUUGGACUCAAGCUCCUUCGUAUGCUUCCUCCGCCGUGAUGAGAUAGGCUGGCACGGCUUCAUGGAGUCAGUGCACGUAUGCAUGGUGCGGAAAGUAUUCCAAGAGUGCGAAAGGCAGCGGGACUUCGCUUUAUCUCAUACAGACAUCGAGCGCAUCCCGGCUGCGCAAAAGGUGAUGAUGUCAUCUCUGUUCCCUUACAUUGCUGAUGCGGUUCUGGUUGCGCGUGAGGAUGCCUGGAGCCCACACCGCCAGCUUUGUUUCUCCUCCGUUGCUGAUUUCCCGCCUCGUCAGCUCUUUGCUGAUGUGGUUGGAGAAGACGAUGCUUGGUUGGACCUCAUAGAGGAGCUCAGAGCGCAAUCAUCGAACUUUCGCCGCAUGCAGCUGUACGUCGAAAGCUUCCGAGUUGCAAAGUGCCACAGUUAUUUUGCCCGCCCGAUCCUGCCAGCACGCAUUCGGCAAGAGUUGCUAGAAGAGUACGAGAACCUCGCCUACAGCACCAGAGAGGCUCGCGUUAUGCACGAUGCCUUGCGAAAGAGAUUCUUCGAUGGCGGCUCCAGGGUGACAAAGGAGGAUUACGUCGCUGCCAUGUGCCCGACAGAGUUUCGCCAUAAGGAAAGCAGCCCUGCCGUCAACCAGGUUGUAUGCCAGCUGCUGAGCAUGCAAGUGGCAAAAGUGGAGCAGGCCCUCUUGCAGAAGGAGGCUUUGUUCGCAAAGCGCGGUGAGGCUGCCGGCACAAGGCGAGACUUUAUCAAACCCGAAGUUCCAGAUCGUCAAUGGGCCUUGUGGAACGAAGCCUUCGACGUUCUCAGCCGCGGCGAUGCCGGCAGAGGAGAAGGAAUCAACGG